AUGAUGUCCCUCAAUCCGAAACGGAGCAUGGUCUGGCGGCGGGUGAUCCCAGACCUCGCUGUAAGCCACCCCUAUCUUAUGCACCUGCUCCUCGCCUUGGGUGGUAUACAUAUGAUCACGGAGCAGACCGGGCAACGGCGAGGCGAGAGAGAUGCAGUAGAUUUGCUGGUGGUAAUGGAUCAUCAUCAGCGAGGGCUACGGGGAUUUAGGGAAGAGGUGGCCAGGAUAUCCAAUGCCAAUGCUGAAGCUGUUUACGCUGGAUCUCUCCUCCUCGUCGCGUUCGUCUAUGCGUCCCUCCAGGUCCCCGAACUGAACCCGUUCGCUACGACUCUAAACCAACAACCACCCGGGCCGAUUUGCAAGCCCCAUCUGAGCUGGCUGCAUCUUGUCCGAGGGGUGCCCACCGUGAUCCGUGAUCAAUGGCCUGCCUUAAAAGCCAGCCGCAUGCGGCCGAUGGUCCUACAUUUCCAUGGCGCGGAUUACUGGGAUGAUCUUCCAUUUGUUUCAUCCUUGUCCAAUCUGGAUCACUGCUCCCCGCGCUUUUUAUCAUUUGCCCAGGGAACCUGUCAAGCCAUCGCGGACCUGAGGGCUUCUUGCGACGCCAUACAACCUCCCGAUAGCAAUGGGCUCCGCUUAACUCCCGGAUCUUCUCCGGCGUCGUCGGACUGGGCGGGAUAUGCACCAUCAGGAGCCAUAGACGUCCUGGAAACGGUUUACUCGCGCGUUGUGGCUGUGUUAAAGUGUUCGGUCAGCGAACGGGGUUCGCCAGAUGAUUCCGACAUUCAGGCCAAUCUUGAAGAGGCCACAGUGCAGUCUUGGCCGAGCUUGGUUUCAGAUGACUUUAUCGCCUUGCUGGAUAUGGGCGAACCGGUGGAUCUUGGCUGGGGACUUUCGCUGGUCAUCUUGGCUCAUUUCUAUGUCGUCAACACCCUCAUGGACUGCUGGUUUCUAGCGGGUUUCAAAGAGGAAGUUCUUAAGAUUCAAACAGCCGUCUCGAAUCUACACAACGCGCAGUUAAGCCAGCUUAUGAUGUGGCCCGUGAAGGUUGCUACCACUUGA